AACUGUUAAUUAAUUUCUUAUAUUUAGAUUAUUUUAGUGAAGUUUUUCUUUGGCUUGACUUGGAAAGGAGAGAAAAGUAUUGACAGAUGAAAUGAACACGAAAGCAGGAAAGUUUCAAUCUUUCUUAUGAUAUUUCCUGGAAAUUUCUGGGUUUCAUAUCAUAAUAAAUUAAACCCAUUUCCUCUGUGAAGAUAUAGUGGAGGCUCCUUAGAUUCCUCAAUACUUCUUGUAAUCUUGUUAUCAGGUGUGUUUUUGCCAAUUUUCUCAUCUGGGUAUGUCUCAAUUUAGCUUUUUAUUGAUUGUAGAAAUGAGAUAAAUUUUUAAGAAUCUGAAUUUCAGUUGUGUUUUAUGCUCCAAUUCUGUGAAAAAAUCUCCAUUAUUCUUUGUUUUGGGCAUUUGGGGGCUUAUUCUGAGGAUUUUAAAAAAAAAAAAAAUUAGAUGGCUUUUUUGAGGAGGGUUUUGAUUAUUGGGGUAGUGAUUUUGUUUUGUUGUAGUGUAAGCCUAGCCACUGUGACUGAUAUUCAGUGCUUGAAAUCCAUUAAGAAAUCUCUUGAAGACCCUUCUAAUUACUUGGGUUCUUCGUGGAAUUUUAAUAAUAAUACUGAAGGUUUCAUUUGUAAGUUUGCUGGUGUGGAGUGUUGGCACCCUGAUGAGAACAAAGUUCUUAAUAUCAGGCUUUCAGAUAUGGGUCUGAGAGGCCAAUUUCCUCGCGACAUCAUAAAUUGUUCAAGCUUGACAGGCUUAGAUCUUUCCAACAACAACCUAUCUGGGCCUAUUCCUCCCGACAUUUCAGCCAGACUCAAGUAUGUGACGUCCCUUGAUCUUUCAUCGAACAACUUUUCUGGUGAAAUCCCUACUGGUUUAGCGAAUUGUACUUACUUGAAUGUGCUUAAGCUCAAUAACAAUAGGUUUACUGGCAAAAUUCCAAUGGAACUUGGCCAGCUUAAUCGGAUCAAGGAAUUUAGUGUUGCCAACAAUCUAUUGACAGGGCCAGUUCCUUUCUUUCAAAGUGAUUCUAUCACUGCUGAGGCCUAUGCCAACAAUCAGGGACUUUGUGGAAAGCUUUUGAGUCCCUGCCCUGGUGCUCCAAAGAAGUCUCGUGUUGGUAUUAUUAUUGGGGCUGGCAUUGGUGGAAUAACUAUUACAGCUGUUAUCGUGGGCAUCGUUCUGUAUUACUUGUUGCAUGGAGUGGUUAAGAAGGAAGAUGAUCCUGAGGGUAACAGAUGGGCGAAAGGCAUCGAAGGCGCCAAGGGGAUCAAGGUUUCAAUGUUUAAGAAUUCAGUUUCAAAAAUGAGGUUGAGUGAUCUUAUGAAGGCCACCGACAGCUUUAGCAAUAAGAACAUCAUUGGAACAGGAAGAACAGGAACAAUGUAUCUUGGUUUGCUUCCUGAUGGUUGUUCCCUUAUGGUCAAGAGGUUGCAGGACUCUAGGCACCUGGAGAAAGAAUUUGUGUCCGAGAUGAAUAUACUUGGCAGCAUUGAGCAUCGAAACUUGGUUCCCCUUCUGGGUUUUUGCAUGGCGAAGAAGGAAAGACUUCUGGUGUACAAGUACAUGGAAAACGGGACACUUCACGAAAAACUACAUAUGGUGGAACCUGAGGUCAAAAGCUUGGAAUGGCACUUGAGGCUCAAAGUUGCUAUUGGAGCAGCUAGAGGUUUGGCAUGGCUUCAUCAUAGCUGUAACCCCCGUAUACUGCAUAGAAACAUAAGCUCUAAAUGCAUUCUCUUGGACAGGGAGUUUGAACCCAAGUUAUCUGAUUUUGGCCUUGCCAGGCUUAUGAAUCCAGUCGACACUCAUUUGAGUACUUUUGUCAAUGGGGAGUUUGGAGAUUUAGGUUAUGUAGCUCCUGAGUAUCCUCGGACACUUGUAGCUACCCCGAAGGGUGAUGUCUACAGUUUUGGGGUCGUUCUCCUGGAGUUGAUUACAGGUGAGAAACCAACCCAUUUGGCUAAUGCUCCUGAGAGCUUCAAAGGAAGUUUAGCGGAGUGGAUUGAACAUCUAUCGGAUAACUCUGCUGUGGAAACUGCCAUCGACAAGUCCUUGGUGGGAAACGGUUUUGAUGGUGAACUCAACCAAUUUCUCAGAGUUGCUUGUAACUGUGUGUUGCCAACUCCAAAGAAGAGACCUACCAUGUUUGAAGUGUACCAGCUUCUGAGAGCUAUAGGCGAGAAAUAUCAGUUCACAGCUGACGACGACAUUAUGCAGCUAUCAAAUACCGAUGAUGCUGAAUUUCAGGAUGAGCUUAUUGUUGCUCCAGAUGCAAAGUAGUUGGACACUAGGAGAGGUAAUUUUUAUACAUGGUAUGUAUUAUUUUUUGGCCUCAAGAGAAGGCAAUUUGAAGAUUAGUGGUGUUUUUGGUUGUAAUUAUAUACAAUUUUCUGCAGCUCAAGCAUCUUUAAUAGCCUGUUAUGUUUAGAUCAUCAAUUGUACAUAUUCAACAUAACUAUAUGAUGAUACAAUAUUAUCCUGAUUGUUCU